AUGGGUUUGCUAGGUGACUUAUCGCCUGGGGGAAGUAUUGCCAUCGGCGUCAUUGUCGGGGUCAUUUCUACCAGUCUCCAAGCGAUCGGACUCACCCUUCAGCGAAAAUCCCAUUUACUAGAAGACGAAAAGGCGCCAUAUGAGAUUCGCAGACCUCCAUAUAAGCGACGAAGAUGGCAGCUGGGCAUGUUAAUGUUUGUCGUUGCGAAUAUUGUUGGGAGCACUAUACAACUUACGACGUUACCACUACCGGUUCUUUCAACGCUACAAGCUUCCGGCCUGGUCUUUAAUACAAUAUCCGCGACGCUCAUUCUUGGAGAAACAUUUACAAAAUAUUCCUUAGUUGGUACAGUGCUCGUAUGCAUUGGUGCGGUUUUAAUAGCCACGUUUGGCGCGAUCGGUGAAGCGGCGCAUAGCCUCGACGAACUCUUAGAGUUGCUUGAUCAACGGCCAUUCAUUGUAUGGAUGGUCAUGACCGGGUUGGUGGUUUUACUCGUCCUCUUCAGUACGCGCAUCAUCAAGACCAUUUCGACACCAGGCAACUCCAAAAUCUUUCGCUCCAUACACUUAUCUCGCUCUUUAAUAUCCCCACACCAAGCGAAGUUCUACCGCGGGUUAGCAUUCGGAUUUUCCAGCGGAGUCCUGUCGGCUCACACGCUGCUGCUGGCCAAGUCAGCGGUUGAGCUACUUGUCCGCACGAUCGUUGAUCAUGUGAAUCAAUUCAAUCGAUGGCAGUCCUGGAUGAUUCUGAUCGGGCUGGUCCUUCUCGCCCUAACCCAAUUGUACUAUAUGCAUCUUGGCUUGAAACUUUGUAGCACUAGCGUUCUUUACCCUUUUGUUUUUUGCAUCUACAACAUUGUCGCGAUUUUGGAUGGGUUGAUUUAUUUCCGCCAGGCGUCGCAACUUACGGGACUACAUGCUGGUCUCAUCGCGCUUGGCACUGUUGUUUUGUUGGCGGGUGUUUUGUGUCUUUCCUGGCGACUCGAGGCGAGUGACAGUCACCCGAGUCUUGCUUUGCCGAACACGGCGCAGACGCCUUUGGGAGCUGGAAUGGGCAUUGUGGAAGAAUUCGCCGAACCUGAAGAAGAUGAAGAGUUGAUGGUUGGUGAACGGCAACCUCUUUUGUCAAAAGCGACCGACACUUCGCAUCAACGUGCACCAAGUCUACCUUUGGUGCCCACAUAUCGAUAUCAUUCUCAUACCGUUGACGCCCAUACACUCAAUAAUGAAUCCGCGCAGAUAUGGGCAGAACUCGAUGAUUCUGAGAAUGAAGAAACUGGCCGUCGGCGGACAUCGAUAGAAUCUCCGUCAAGCUCAACAACGCGAAAGAGGAUUUUGCGGUACCCUCAUAGGCGGACAUUCUCAGUACAUACUUCUGAGACUCGAGGGCAGAGACGGCCAUCGCUAGGGGAUAAUGAGAGUCACCCCUAUUUCCGCAUAUCCAAGACCAGGGAUGGGAACCAACAAGCCGAUGCUCCGUCGGCAUUGUCGCGUUGGAGCCCGCGGCGGUUGCAGUAUCAACGGGGGUAUGCUGGCUCUUCAAGACGCACCUCAGCUCCGGUAUCGUUGGGUAAGGAGCCGGGCUUCGGUAGCACGCGGAGUCCGAUUCGAGAUACUAACGACGAAAUUACGCGAAAUUACGGAACAGCCUCACAAAACGAGCAGACUGUUGAAAAUAACCAUGAAGAUCCGAAUACAGACAUAACUAUCAGCGCCGGUUGGAGGCGAGGCUUGGGAUUAGUACAACGCUGGAUGGGGAGGAUACUGUGGCCUGAAAGGAAUCGGCGAGACUCGACGCAUUCUCCUGUAUGA